AAACAAAUACUACACCACUUUUUGUUAACACAAAGUCUUGGUUGGAACUUCUCUCUCUUGUGGAAUAGAUACUACUAUGCACUUAGAUACAGUGCUUCACAUAAUAACACACAGUUGUUUAGGCUUCUCAAUUUUAUCUAUUUCCACAUCUUGUAUCCUUUAUAGCGGUGUAAACCAAGCUUCGCUAAAGCAAUAAUUGCAAAUAUUAACAUUUGUAUAUAUAAGCCAGGGUGAACAUCACAUUCAUAAGGUUUACAGCGUGAACGUCAAAAACAAAGCAAAUGGGCGUGCCAAAAACUGUAGUGAUUCUUGCCUGUCAAGAAAACACGCACAACUACAGUCGUGGCUGCCAAGUAGCCGAGACCCUACAUAUCACACAAAGUGUUCACGGGCUACCUUUAAUACAAUGUAUUCUUGAAACCAUAGAUUCGCUCGAGCAGAUUACAUCUAUCAAACAGGUGGUUGUAGUAGGCCCACCUGAGCAUGCACUCACGGUACUGAAGCUAAUGAAGAACAUUCGGGGUGAUGAUAUAGACUCAGAUACUGAAUACGAUGAGGUUACGUGUGUAUCAAAAGAAAUAGAUUCAUUGCACAUAGGGAACCGCGGUGAAAGUAGCGCGGAAGAUAUAGAUAGAUAUAGUGUGCAUUAUAUAGCCCAAUCGGAUACAUGCGGCGGUGCAAAGUGUGACGCAAAAGCGCUCGCCCUAGUUAGAGACAAAGGUUUGUUUAUCAAUAAGUGUGUGUUGGUACUGUCACCCAAUUUUCCUCUUGUGACUAGUAGUAGUCUGGAUAUGCUGAGCGAUCACCACGCCGAUGAACGUACAGAAAGUAAGGACCACAUGUGUACAAUCCUGGUCAAAGACGCCAAGAAGAUGCUGCCGGUGCCGUCGUCCGAUAGGUAUAUCGCGUGUGUAGAGUGGGAUAAUAUGCAAAGUCUAUUACGAGAAUAUCUGGCGCUGAGUGACCCAGCGCAAUGGUGGUACUAUGUGCGACAACAGGCUAUGCAACACGUAGAGUAUGUGAAUGUACGAGACGAAAGUGAGGUGAGGGAAGUGAACUCGUUCCGCUCCUUGGCUUUGGCAACCAAGGUAAUGCGAGCCAACAACAACAACAUGCACAUGGACAAUGGGGUGUAUAUCAUCGACCCCGACACCACACACAUAGAAGCGGGUGUAUCUAUACGCCCCAAGACCACAAUACUUCCCAAUACACACAUUAAAGCAGGUACACGUAUAGGGGAGGGGUCUGAAAUAGGGCCUAAUUCUAUACUCGAGCGCGCGACUAUAGGCAAGAACACACAAGUCCGCUUCAGCGUGAUUUCCGAGAGUGAGAUUGGCGAUAACUGCACAGUAGGACCGUAUGCACAUCUGCGCAACAGUGUUUGUGUAGCGGAUGAAUGCAGACUGGGUAACUUUGUCGAGUUAAAGAACACUUCGGUGGGAACAGGCACAUGCGUUGCACACCUCACGUAUCUGGGAGACGCCAAGGUAGGUAAGGAGGUCAAUUUCGGUGCGGGUACUAUUACAGCCAACUACGACGGCAAGGACAAGCACGGUACCGUUAUUGGCGAUGGUAGUAAAACAGGAGCCAACUGUGUGUUGGUGGCACCUUUACAGAUUGGCAAACAGGUUGUUAUUGCUGCGAGUACCACAGUAACUAAGGACGUCGAGGAUGGUUGUCUGGUUAUUGGAAGGGUUCGGGCUGAGUCCAAGCCGGGAUACAAAGCGAGCUGGGCACGAGGAGAUGUCCAACCGAGUGCGUAGUAUUACAUGUAUCGUAUGACAAAACGGAUACAGAGUAGUGAAGUAUGAUUAUAGAAAGGAAUUUUAAGAGUGAGAGACCAAAUAAGGAUUAAAAAUAAAAGGAAUACCC